GUGAAACAUUGUUUUCUUUUUCUUUGUUUCAGGUGGCAAGUAUGUGCCCCGCGCCAUCCUCCUGGACUUGGAGCCAGGAACCAUGGACUCCGUCAGAUCAGGACCCUUCGGACAGCUGUUCAGGCCCGAUAACUUUAUAUUUGGUCAGAGCGGUGCGGGCAACAACUGGGCCAAGGGUCACUACACCGAGGGCGCCGAGCUUGUGGACUCCGUCCUGGACGUGGUACGAAAAGAGGCCGAGAGCUGCGACUGCCUGCAGGGAUUCCAGCUGGCACACUCGCUGGGCGGCGGCACGGGCUCCGGCAUGGGCACGCUGCUCAUCUCCAAGAUCCGGGAGGAAUACCCGGACCGCAUCAUGAACACAUUCAGCGUCAUGCCUUCCCCAAAGGUCUCCGACACCGUCGUCGAGCCGUACAAUGCCACCCUGUCUGUGCACCAGCUGGUGGAGAACACCGACGAGACCUACUGCAUCGACAACGAGGCUCUAUAUGACAUUUGCUUCCGAACGCUCAAGCUCACCACUCCCACUUACGGAGAUCUCAACCAUCUGGUUUCUGUCACAAUGUCCGGAGUCACCACGUGUCUUAGGUUUCCCGGCCAGCUGAACGCUGAUCUGCGCAAACUAGCCGUCAACAUGGUGCCCUUCCCACGCCUCCACUUCUUCAUGCCUGGCUUCGCUCCACUGACGUCGCGAGGCAGCCAGCAGUACAGAGCGUUGACCGUGCCGGAGCUCACUCAGCAGAUGUUUGACGCAAAGAACAUGAUGGCUGCCUGCGAUCCGCGCCACGGCCGCUACCUCACAGUUGCCACCAUUUUCCGUGGUCGCAUGAGCAUGAAGGAGGUGGACGAGCAGAUGCUGAACGUGCAGAACAAGAACUCGAGCUACUUCGUCGAGUGGAUCCCGAACAACGUCAAGACUGCUGUCUGUGACAUUCCGCCUCGCGGACUGAAGAUGUCAGCGACGUUCAUCGGGAACAGCACCGCCAUCCAGGAGCUCUUCAAGCGGAUCUCCGAACAAUUCACUGCCAUGUUCCGUCGCAAGGCCUUCCUUCACUGGUACACCGGAGAAGGUAUGGACGAGAUGGAGUUCACAGAGGCCGAAUCGAACAUGAACGACCUCGUGUCUGAGUACCAGCAGUACCAGGAGGCCACGGCCGACGACGAGGGCGAGUUCGACGACGAAGACGCCCUUGCCGACACUGCUUAAACGACUGUCACCGCUGGAUUGAAGAAUUGGAGGUUUCUGAUAAAAUAAAUGAUAUAUAUUAGGCAAGUCA